CUGCCGCCCUCCUCCAUGGCGCGGCUUGCCAAAAAACCACGUCGGCUUCGAAACGGCCCCUGGGACGGGCUGUCGAAAGGGGCCACGGACCGCACGGAGAGCGGCAGGCGGCAGCACCGCGUGGCGCUCAGCGCGGCGGGUGGAUCGGCGGGGCUGCCGCGCCGAGAGGAGGACCGGCCCCGGCGGCCCCUUGUCGUGCGUGCUGUGGGAAGCGCGGAGUCGCUCGGGCGAAGGCUGAGAGGGGCUUGUGGGACGGCCAUGGCACCGCUGAGGGACUGCAAGGCCUGGCAGGACGCUGGACUUGGGCUGUCGACCGCUAGCAACGAAGCCUGUAAGCUAUUUGAUGCUGCGCUAAGCCAGUAUGCAACGUGGCGCAACGAUGAGAAUCUAGGAGGUAUUGAAGGGUGUCUUUCCAAGUUAAAGGCUGCAGAUCCAAAUUUUGUCAUGGGACAUGUCAUUGCUAACGGAUUGGAGCUUAUUGGCACUGGAAGCUCAGUGCGGCUCAACAGAGAUCUGGGCAGUGCGCUGAAAACAAUGAUGACGCUGUCGAGAUCUCAGCCUCUGACUGAGCGGGAGAAGCUUCACGUAUUGGCCUUGGACAUGUUUGCCAGUGGACAGCUUCCAAAAGCUUGUGAUGUAUGGGAACAGAUUCUACAGAACCAUCCGACUGACUUGCUAGCCCUCAAAUUUUCCCAUGACACUUAUUUCUACUUAGGAUAUCAAAUACAAAUGCGAGAUUCUGUUGCUCGUGUUUUUCCUUUCUGGACACCCGACGUUCCUCUGAGCAGCUACGUGAAGGGCUACUAUGCUUUUGGACUCAUGGAAUCAAACUUUUUUGAUCGUGCAGAGAAGCUUGCCCGUGAGGCUUUGGAUAUAGAGCGGACAGAUGCGUGGUCUGUUCAUACUGUAGCUCACGUAAAUGAAAUGAAAGCAGAGGUGGAGAAAGGGUUGGCGUUCAUGAAGGAAACAGAAGACAACUGGAAGGGCAGUGAUAUGCUUGCUUGCCACAAUUACUGGCACUGGGCUUUAUACUUUAUGGAAAAGGGGGAACAUGAGGCCGCUUUGACAAUUUAUGACAACCAUAUAGCUCCCAGGCUCCUGUCGGGUAGAAGCAUGCUGGAUUUAGUAGAUAGCUCUUCGAUGCUGUACAGGCUUCACCUGGAAGGUGUGAAGCUUGGAGACAGGUGGGACAAUGUCCUGAAGCGUGCAAAGCAGCACAGCAAAGACCACGUUCUUCUUUUCAAUGAUGCACACGUGUUGAUGUCCUCCCUUGGAGCCAAAGACCACAAAACUACGAAUGAGCUUUUAACAACUCUUCAAGAACUUGCCAAAGAACCUGGCGAAGACCACGAGCUUUCUCUGGCUUCCAGUGUGGGGUUGCCAUUACUGCAGGCUUUGGUGGAGUUUGAGAAUGGGAACUGUGACAAAGCUGUCGAUCUGCUGUACCCGAUCCGUUACCAACUGAUCCAGCUAGGAGGCAGUAAUGCUCAGAGGGAUGUUUUCAGCCAGCUGUUGAUUCAUGCUGCUUUAAAUUGCAAAUCCCAAGCCAAACAAAACCUCGCUAAGUGCCUCCUGAGAGAGCGUGAUGUGAUGAGACCAAAUUCACCAAUGACAGAGCGACUCAUAAGGAGGGCAGCGGCUGUUCAUUCAGUGGCAUAAAUCUGUCCUCACUGCUAGCAAUAAGCUCAUCAAUCGAAGUCUGGGUGCUUUGGGUGGAGGGAUGCAGUGCUGUAAAGCAUGCUGGAGAAUCCCUAGGAGCGAGAGAUCUGAUGACAGCUGACUUGGAAGAUACAACCUGAAAUGCAACAGCUUUAAAUCCUGGAUGAUUCCACUAGGAAAUUAGAAGAUUACCUGCUUGUAAUGCACAGCUACCUGAAUCUUCCUGGGACACCGUUUUCUAGUAGAGUUUCUGUGCAGCUCCCUCUGAGCGUGCUCAUAUUCAGUACAGUAGCAAUGCCAGGCUUUCAGUCCUUCAUUGGCCCAGUUUGUUACUUCGUGAAAGUAUGUUAAAUAAUCAGUAAACUUUCCAGACAAUUCAAACGUUUAUGUUACAGAUUUAGACACACACCUUUUGAGACAGAUACAUACAUGUAAGCACGCUUAAUAAGAAAUUUAUUUAGUGGUAAGGAAAUUAUGACUAUCAGCAGGUGGGGGAAGAGGGCUUAGUGCAAAAUUAUUAUGGUACAUAGUUGCAGACUUCUUGGAGACAGCGUGGCUCAUGUGUUAGCUGGUCGGUAAAAGGAAAAAACAGAAAGAGCAGGUAAAAGGAGUUCUCUUCAGCAGGCACUGAGAACAGGAACGCUACAGAACACUCAAUGGCCCCCUCUCUCUACAUUCUGGAAAAAUAAGUAAUAAUAAAUUAAAAAAAAAAAUCUUUAGCCAUCCCAUGGUUUGCACUCUUUAUGGCAUGUUUGGUUCAGUGACUUUUUGGCAGUAAAAGUUCUGUUUCAACAAAAAAGGGCAGUGCAAAGGUAAUGCACAAGCUAGAAAGUUUCUUGUUCACUCUUGACUGCUUUAAAGAACCUGAUCUUAAAGAGCAGCUUUAGUAAUAAUAUUGCUAACCAACAAGAUAACCUUUGCUGUAAUGGCCAGUGAGAAAGUGAGCAAGUAUGUAGAACCACUGACAGCCCCCUGUCAUGUUAUUUGCUCAAGUAGCAAUAAAUUUCUCCUUUCUGGA